AUUUAAUAUAUAUAUAUAUAUAUAUAUAUAUAAAGAAAUAAAAUCUUAAACGUUUUAAUAAAUUGAAAUAAUAUUAUCAAUGUUGUUUCUUUUAUUUUGGAUUAUUACAUUAUCAUGCAGGAGUGUUGCAAAACCAAACUUUCUUUUGAUAAUGAUUGAUGAUUUAAGAACAACACUAGGAUGUUAUGGGGAUCACAAUUCAUAUACACCAAAUAUAGAUCAUUUAGCAAAACAGGGCAUAAUUUUUUCUCAGGCAUAUGCACAGCAAGCUUUAUGUGCACCUAGUAGAAAUUCAAUAUUAACUAGCAGAAGACCGGAUACAUUACAGUUGUAUGAUUUUUAUAGCUAUUGGAGAGAUACAGUUGGUAAUUUUACAACAUUACCAGAAUAUUUAAAAAAUAAUGGAUAUAAUACUAUGUCUGUAGGAAAGAUAUUUCAUCCAGGUAUCAGUUCUAAUAAUUCUGACGAUAGUCCUUAUUCUUGGAGUGAAAAACCUUUUCAUCCUUAUACAAAUCGUUACAAGAAUGCACCAGUUUGUCAAACUACUAAAAAUUCACUUCCUGCACAAAAUCUUGUAUGUCCAGUGGAUUUAAAAUUUAUGCCAAAUCAAACAUUACCAGAUAUUGAGAUAUUAAACAAAGCCAAGAGAUACAUACACAUGCAUAAAAAUGAUGUUAAGCCAUUUUUUUUAGCUGUUGGAUUUCAGAAACCACAUAUUCCCUUAAAAUACCCUAAAAAAUACUUAAAAUAUCAUCCAUUAGAAAAAUUUAAAGUUCCUAAGCCAUAUGCUUGGCCAAAUAAUACUGAUAGUGUUGCAUAUAAUCCAUGGAUAGAUCUUCGCAAAAGAAAGGAUAUACAAAGAUUACAUUUAAAAUUCCCAUGGGAAAAAAUACCAGAGAAUUUUGCCAAGUUGAUUACACAAUCAUAUUAUGGAGCUGUGUCUUAUAUCGAUGAUAUUAUUGGCAAGCUUAUAUAUCAAUUGCAUAUUUCUAAGAUCUUGAAAAAAACUGUAAUCAUAUUAACUUCUGAUCAUGGUUGGUCUUUAGGAGAACAUGCAGAAUGGGGAAAGUAUAGUAAUUUCGAUGUCUCAGUACAUGUACCUCUAAUAAUGUCGAUACCUUUUAUGACAUUCAAGAAAACUACGGAACAUUUUACUGAAUAUAAUGCAAAUACGAUUAAUAAGUUUAAAUUCGAAUAUAAAGGGUAUACAAAUUUAAGGUAUUCUCGGAUUAAAAAAAAAGGAAAUAAAAAAAAUGUUACAUUUUUAAAACAUAUAGAUACUUUUACAAAAACAGAUGCUAUUGUAGAACUGGUUGAUAUUUUUCCUACAAUUGCCGAAUUAGCCGGAAUUCCAGUACCAAUUUGUUCAAACAUAGAAAAGAAAUGUGACAAUAAUUGCAAAUAUCCAUCAGUGUGUACAGAAGGAAUUAGUCUUUUACCACUUAUCAGAACUAUAUUGGAUAAAAAAAUAAUACCAUGGAAGAAAGCAGCAUUCAGUCAAUAUCCAAGACCAGGUAUAGAACCUACAUUACAUCCAAACAGUGAUGAACCGCAUUUGAAAGAAAUAACUAUUAUGGGAUACAGUGUAAAAUCACAUGAGUAUAGAUACACCGCGUGGAUACCAUUUAUAUCAGAAAAUAAAACAGCCAAUUGGAAAAUUAUCAUUAGUGAAGAAUUAUAUAAUCAUAAUUAUGAUUCAGCAGAGUACUUCAAUUUAGCAAGAUCUCCAGACUUUUUAAAAAAAAAAAUUGAAUUAAGAACAUUACUCCAAGAUGGUUGGAGAAAAGCCUUACCAAAUUAUAUUUAAUUAUAUGAAAAUUGUUGAGAAAAUAUCCUAAUAGAUCUGCUUCAAAAACAAGAUCCAAGGAUAAAUAUCCUUUUUUGCUUUGUGUUAUAGAAAUUAGAAUAAAUAUAAUAUAUCCUUGUGCAUACGUUGUUAUAUAAAUAUAUAAAUCUAAUAGGAAUGUACGUAAUAUCAUAUGUAAGUGA